AUGGCAUAUCCUAUGCAAGAACAAACGGCUGGUAGCUACUUCCCGCCCCAGGAACAGUACCCUGAGCCAAUAGCUCCCUAUCCGCCGCCAGAACAGCAAGGGUACCCGGGGCAACAGCAGCCAGCCUAUCCGCCGCCACAGGCAAAUGCUCUCCAUCCAGUCGAUGAGAAGCAACCUCUGCCAGAGCAGCAAGGAUACCCUGGUCAACAGCAGCCGGCUUAUCCACAGGCAAAUGCCCCUCCCCCUUACUUUCCUGGACAGCAGCCAACGCAACCUUCACCAUAUCCCCAGCAACAGUUUGCUGCUCAGCAAACCACAAGUAAUGUGACGGUAGUACAAAGCCAACCUCAGCCAGUUGUCUACCAGCCUCAAAGAUACGCUGGCAGUGCUGGAACUUGUGCUAUGGUGUUUGCAAUUGUGUUGACAUUCUUUGCUUUCUUCUCUGGAUGUUUGUGGGCUCUAGUGUGCAGUGUUCCAGCCAUUUUGUUUGCUGUCUCGGCCAAUAAUGCCAGCAGCCGUGGGGAGGUGGAGCGUGCUAGGAGCAACGAGAAAAUCUCCAUCGGUUGUUCCAUUUUUGGGGUCAUUUUCGGAGUGUUGGGGUUGGUGGCCAUAGUGGGCGGAGUGGUUGCUUGGUACGUCACUGUCGUCUUUUCCUUCUCCAGGUUUAACGGAUAGGACCAAAAAAAUGCUUCUAAAAAUGUAUACUAUAAAUGAUAUAUGCUUUAUAAUAUAGUCAGUGCAUAUGUGUGAAUAUUUUUUUAAUGAACUUUUACAUAAUGAUAUUUUAUAGAUUUAUAGAUUGAAGAGUGAAUGAACUUAAUUGUACAUGUAUAUACAUUAAUUUUUUGUAGCUAUAAAUGUGGUUAAAAUUGCCAUGCUGCAUGGGAUUAUAGAUCUUAACAUGAGAACUACACUUUGAAAAAGCGACUGUAUGCGACAUUAUUUUUAAUGUGCUCAGCGCAUUUAAUGUUUUUACAGUGAUAGCGUAGAAGGGAGAGUUAAUUCUCCCCAAACUGACUGUACAAUUCGCUGCACCAUGACGAUGUACUGUAUUAUCAUAUGCACCAGCCCUCAUUUUUCCGGGGGAGCAUGCUCGCGUGCACUAGCUGAAGUACAUGCCACGCCCCCCUACAGUUUUCAUAUGAUCCCUGUACUAUUUAACACACAGCUGUACAUACGAAAUUAACAAUCACACACAGACCUUAUUCUGGAUGUGAGUAGAACUUGACAGAUAGAAUGAACCCCUCACAUUGUUCCAGAUAUUCUAUAGUCGAGUAGAAAGAAAGCCAGAAAAGGUAACUCUCAAUCAAGGUAUCCAUAUACAGUCUAGUCCUCUAUGAUUACAACAGAAUAUAUACUGGAGUUUGCAGAAUUUUAGCAACACACCAGUAAAAGCGUAGAGCGUUACGCGUUCCUCAUAUGGAUUUUGUGUACAUGCACACUGGUCUGUUUUACUACUUAAAUGCAUGAGCAUUUAUAAGGAUUAGGAACCACAGUGCUCAACACUUUUAUUCAUGUGUUGCAAAUAAUUAUUCUGCCAACUCCAGUACAAGAGUGCAAUUUAAUUAGUCUAUGAGACUUCCCCCCACAAUCCCAUGCCACGCCUUAUACAAUUAUUCAUGACAGAUUGUUUACUGUCCAUAAUUAUGUCAUGUUUAGUCUGCAUAUCGCAUGCGGGAUACCGGAUGCCUUUCAGUUUAUAAGUUUUGCAAACUAAAGUCAACUAGUCAAGGAUACCAAGAACUCUUCUUUGCAUCGAAUCAGCAGCCUCACUUGCACAAUAAUGGCUUAUCCUAUGCAGUCCAACUACCCACCCCAAGAUCCCAGCUCUGGUUAUUCUGGCCAGCCAUUGACUGCUCCGGCAUAUCCCUCAGAACCUGCUAAGCAGGUAGAUACCCAAGGCUAUCCUUGGGGUCAGCCUCAACAGCAGGGAUAUCCACCUGCACCCUACACACAGCAGCCUGGUUAUCCUGUCCAAUACCCACCUAAACACGACCCUUCAGCCCCACCACCACCUUACUAUACACAACAACAGCCACCACCUCACCCUGUCUAUGCCCAACAGCAACAGAGCAACAAUGUGGUUGUUAUGCAGCAAGCAGCUCCAGUGCUGGUAGUACGUCCAGGCAACUAUCAAUCAGAUGCUGGACAAGGGGCUCUUGUCUUUGCUAUCAUUAUCACUCUAUUUGCCCUUGUCUGCGGCUGUUGGUGGAGCAUUGUGUGUAGUAUACCAGGAAUGGUGUUUGCAAGCUCUGCUACAAAUGCUGGUGCUCGUGGUGACCAUGAAGGUGUCCGGUCAAACAACAACCUCUCGUAUGGAUGCACUGUUGGUGCUAUAGUUGGAGCUGUUGUUGGUGUGGGGUCUCUGUUUGGGAUCGUGUUUGGACUGUCAUCUAGUCGAACCUCCUCCUGCUACUCUAGCCGCUAUUGCUAUUAAAUGGGGAGAUGCAGCAGGGGAACAAGGGACCCUGAACAUUGACAAUAAUAAUAUUAACCUGUAUUUAUACAUGUACAUUAAUUUUUUUUUAUGUAUACACAACUUUCACCCAUUAUUUUAAUGUAACCCCGAGAUCUGCAAAAAUUAAUUAUAAAAAACGCCCACUCCUGAAGCGUUUUUAGAUC